AUGUAUAAUUUUCAUAAUUGGAGUACACCACUUUUGGAUGGUGUACUUAGUUAUUUGCCUUGUCCAACUGAAGUUAGUAGCUAUGCUCUUGGCCAAAGUAAGAAUGAAGAGAAGGUCACAUUGUCUGGAACUCCAGAUGGGCCUCUUAUGGUGUUAGCUUUUAAAUUGGAGGAAGGGUGCUUUGGUCAGUUGACAUAUCUGAGAAUGGGGGUCGAAGUGAGAAGUGAGGAGCUAGUGCAAGUUGAAGUUUUUAAAAGAUAUACAUAUACUAAUGGGUCAGUUAAAUCCACAAUGACUUCUAUGAAUGUCCCUAAGCCAAUGAUGUUUUUAGCCGUUCAACCAGUUUCAAAAGAUUCAGGAGGACAAGAAAUUAAGAUCAUUGUUACGACACGAAUUGAAAAAGUUGCAUCUAAUGUAUGCACAGAUCUAGCUUAUCUUCUAAAUCAAUUGUCAAAUGAAGAAUGUUGGUUGUUAUUUGAAAAGCAUGCAUUUAGAAACGGAAGCUCUGGUGAAUUUCCAUUACUAAGGGAAAUCGGUAAGCAAAUUGUCCAAAAGUGUGGAGGCUUGCCUUUAGCUACAAAAACACUAGGAGGAUUGCUGCGUUUUGAGGAAGAUCCAAGAGAGUGGACAAAGAUUUUGAAGAGUGAUAUAUGGGAUUUACCAAAAGGAAAUAUUAGUAUCAUUCCAGCUCUUAGAUUGAGCUACCACUAUCUCCCACCACAUUUGAAGCGUUGCUUUUCUUAUUGCUCGAUUCUUCCAAAGGAUUAUGAAUUUAAAAAGGAGGAAUUGGUCAAAUUGUGGGUGGCAGAAGAUUUAUUGCAGCAAUCAAAAGGAAAUAGAAGGAUGGAAGAAAUAGGUGAAGAAUACUUUGAUGAUUUGGUAGCUAGAUUACUUUUUCAACGAUCAAGUAACAACGAAUCAUGUUUCAUGAUGCAUGACUUGGUCAAUGACUUGGCAAAAUUUAAAUUUGGAGAAUUUUGUUUCAAGUUGGAUAUUGAUAAUUUUGGUGUAAUCACAAGAAAGACUCGUCAUUUUUCAUAUGUUAGAACUGAAUUUGAUGCCUUUAAGAAAUUUAACGUGUCCUACGAAGCCAAGGGUUUGCAAACCUUCCUUGAAUUUGAUUUGUCACCGCCUGAAUGGAUGUCGAAUAACAUAUCAACAAUGAUUAUAAAUGAUUUGUUGUUGAAAUUUAAGUGCUUAAGAGUGCUAUCAUUUUCUACCUAUAGAAACAUGAAGGAAUUACCUAAAUCAGUUAGUAAUUUGAAACAUCUACGUUAUCUAAAUCUUAGUUACACUUCAAUUGAACAAUUAUCAAAUUCUCUAUGUACUUUGUAUAAUUUACAAACCUUGCUAUUGUCGGAAUGCAAGUCCCUUACCAAGUUGCCUUCCAAGAUGUGGAGAUUAGUCAACUUGCGGCACCUAGAUAUAGUUAAAACAAAAUUGGAAGAGAUGCCACUACAUAUGGGUAAAUUAAGAAAUCUCUGGAGUUUAACUACUUUUGUUGUGAGCAAACAUAAUAGGUCUAAUAUUAAAGAGUUGGGGGAACUUCUACAUCUUUCUGGAGCAUUGUCUAUAUUAAAUUUGCAAAAUGUUCGACAUGCUAGAGAUGCAAUGGAGGUUAAUUUGAAGGAUAAACAACACCUAUAUAAGUUGGUGCUUGAAUGGGGUCAUGACAAGGGCAGUUCAGAAAAUGAAAUAAAUGUGCUUGAACAUUUGUGUCCUUAUUCAAAACUCGAAUCUCUCACCAUUGAAAAUUACGGGGGUACAAGAUUUCCAAAAUGGUUACAAGAUUGUUCAUUCUCUAAUAUGGUGUACAUACGGCUUGCCAAUUGUAAGUAUUGCUACUCCUGGCCUCCACUUGGGGAUCUGCCCAACCUCAAGAAACUCUUUGUUGAAGGUUUUCAUGUGGUAUCACAUGUGGAUCGUGAGUUCUAUGGGGGUGGUUCUUCUGCAGUUAAGCCAUUUAGAUCCCUUGAAAUAUUAAGUUUGAAGGACAUGCCAGAGUGGCAGGAAUGGUUUUUAUUUGAAGGUAAAGAUGAAGAUGAAGGUGGUGUUUUCUAUAAUCUCCAAGAGCUUUGCAUAAUUAAAUGUCCUAAACUAAGCAGAGGUCUGCCCAACCACCUUCCUGCUUUAAUGGAAUUACCACCUAGGCUAUGUUGGCUUGAAGUUGGAGAAGGUCGUAUCCGACAAUCCUUUGUAGAGCUUAUGAUGUCUAUCCCAGGAGGUGGUCUACCCACUACAUUAAAAACACUUGAAAUUCAAGGAACAUUUCUGUUGCCAAGGAGGCAUUACUAUCCAUCACUUGAAGAAUUGGCAAUUAGAGGUGGUUUUGAUUCACUCUGGUGUUUUCCAUUGGAGUUCUACCCAAAGCUCAAAUAUCUUUUUGUGUCUGGAAGUGAAAGUCUUGAAUCUCUUUCGAUAUCAGAGGGAUCUCAUCGGGAUCUUAUUUCUCUCACUUAUUUUGCUAUCUUUUCUUGCCCAAAUUUUGUGUCCAAUUUGUCACUUUCAGACAAGUGCCUCACACAUGCACCCGACAUCGAUUUUGUGCUACCAAGUGCCGCUGAUCCUCUUGCGUUGUAUAAACUAUGA